AGCCGCAGCCGCGUCCACCACGUCUCAGUUAGUUGGCUAGGCCUGAGGGGAAGCCUGUGGCUGGCGGCGACAUCCGUGGGCUCGAUCGCUUCUCUUGGCCCCGCCGCGUGGGAAGAAGGGGGGCAGCACUGGAAGGCCCGGAGGGGUGGGGAUCCUCUAAGGCGACUCGGUACUCCACGCCCCAGUUGUGUAGCAUCUCCUGUGACUGCACCCUGUUGGGGGUGUUGUUUCAGUCCCUUCCUCUGGUAGUGUGGGAAGCUGUGCCAAAGCCUCGACGUCGUGGACCGCGCGAGUGAUCUUUUGAAAAACAUCUGUAGAUUGCACAUUGAAUGAACAUAAUGAGCAGUGAAGAGGAAACGUGGGAGAAGCUGGAUGCAGAAUUUGAUCACUAUGUUGUGGACAUGAAGCCAUACGUUUUGAAACUGUCUCAUAAAUCAGGGUCCUCCUGAAGACCAGCAUCAUAGAGGCCAAACACAGUUUCCUGGAGAUUAGUCCAAAGUUGUGCAGCUACUGAGGAAAAAGUCCCUGGUAUCCACCAGCCGAAUAGCUCUCACCAGGAUGCAGAACGUCAAAGAUGUGCCCUUUGGAUUAAAAAACUUUGUGAGCCUUCGGGUGCAGGUACAGGGAUUGUUGGUAGGAAGAACCGAAACUUAUAUGCAAAACUACUUCUACAUAUGCUGAAAAGGGGAGUGUUGGAGGGCCCUUUUACACAUAAGCCAGAAACAGGAAUAUUGAAAACUCUUCCUUCAUACAUGUCAAUUUAUUUCGAUGAACCAAAUUCAACAAGGAUAUGGAGUGGCAGCCCAGAAGAUUUACCUGACUGGGUCAUGGGAGAACUGGGACCAAGUGAUUCUAAACUGAAUGAGUCCUGGAAACAUCAUUUUAGAGAUGAGUCUGCUUUAGUAACCUCACCACUUGCACAUAGGGAACACUGUGCAUACAAUGGAAAACUAGCAGUAAAGUCGCGUUCUAUGAGUCCACCUCAUCUGUCAGAAGGUGCAAACUUCUCAUCAAAGAUGCUGGAAGAUCACCAUACAAAAAAGAUUUCUUUUGAUGACAGUGACCUUGAAGCUCGUCUCAACAGUUGGAAUCUUGGGCUUGAGAAUCCCAGGUACUUACGUGAGAAACCAAUACCCUUUUUGCUGAUGUCGCCCAAGAUAGGUAUGGGGAAAAACAGCACUUCUCGGGAUGAGCAUAUAUUUCGUAUACAUGAAAAGGAGAUGGAGAUGAAAACAAAACUAAUGGAAGCUAGAAUUCAUGAAGAAAAGCUUAAAUUGCAGCAGAAGCAUGAUGCAGAUGUUCAGAAGAUUUUGGACAGAAAAAAUAAUGAAAUUGAGGUACUGAAGACGUUGUACAAAACCAAACAGUGUGAAGCCGAAGAAACUAUUCAAAAGCUUGAAAAAAAAGUUCAGACGCUUGUCCGUGAAUCACAAGUCAUUAGAGAAGCUAAGGAAAAACAAAUCAUGGAGCUAAAAAAGUUAUGUGAACAAAGUACAGAUUCCCUGAACAAUGAGUGGGAGAAAAGGCUCCAUAAUGCUGUGACUGAAAUGGAAAAGGAAAAGUUUGAUCUUCAGAAGAAGCACACAGAAAAUAUCCAGGAAUUGCUAGAGGAUACAAAUGGACGUCUAGGUAAAAUGGAAGCAGAAUAUUUGGCACAAACCAAAGCAACUAACCAGAUGGUGAAAGAGCUAGAGGCCCGUGUUCAUCAAUUGACUAUGGAAGCUGAAACCAGUCAUUUACAGCAUCAAAAACUAUCUCAGGAAAAGAACAACCUGGAACAAUCCUACCAGGCUAUAUGCACAGAACUUGAAGAAGUCAAAGCAAGGCGUAAUUCACUUCAAAAAGAAAAGGGGCGUUUGGUGCAAGAAUAUGAGCAAAACAUUCACCAACUGCAAUCCAAAUACGAUGCUGACCUAAAUUUGAUUAAACAGGAACAUGCUCUUUCUGCAAUGAAGGCAUCCGAUGUGAUUGAAGAAUUAGAACAGUGUGUGUCUCAAUUAAAACAACAGUUACUAGAAUCAGAACAUCAAAGGCAGCAACAGCUGAGGGAUCGGGAGCAGACAUUUCUACAGGAGAAAACUCAGCUAGAGAGAUCUCAUGAAAAAAAGAUUCAUGGAUUGCAGAAUGAUUUUGAUAAAGAGCGAGCAGAUUCUCAUAAGACAAUACGGAGACUGGAAGAUAUUUUGAGGGAGAAGGAGGAGCAGCUGACUCAGGUGAUGGAGGUACAGAGGCUGCAAGCCCAGCAGGCUGAUGCUGCCCUGGAGGAGUUUAAGCGGCAGGUGGAGCUGAACUCAGAAAAAGUCUAUGCUGAAAUGAAAGAGCAGAUGGAGAAGGUAGAAGCAGAUCUAAGCAGAUCAAAAUCUCUACGUGAAAAGCAAUCAAAAGAAUUCUCCUGGCAAUUGGAGGAACUCAAGCAAAGAUAUGAACAACAGAUAGUAGAGCUGAAGCUGGAGCAUGAACAGGAGAAGACGCACCUAUUCCAACAGCAUAACACAGAAAAGGAUUGCCUGGUCCGAGACCAUGAACGGGAAAUUGAGAAACUAGAAAAACAGCUUCGGGCUGCCAUGACAGAGUACGACAAUAAAACUCAAGAAUGCAGGAAGCGAGAUGCGCAGAUCAUCUGUGAUAUGGAAGCCCAGAUCCAUGCACUGAGGGAAGAGCUAAUUCAAGUGAAUACUCAGAGAAAACAGCAGCUGGUUGAACUUAGCCUUCUUAGAGAAGAGGAAAAGCAAAGAGCUGUUCGAGACCAUGAGACUGCAAUGAAUAAGCUGAAAGCGGAAUCGGAGAAAAGGAUGCUAGACCUGAAAAAGAUGAAUGCUGCAGAAAAGGAAAUGGCAUUGGAAAAGGCAAACAGCAGGUUGAAGCAGAUUGAAAAGGAAUAUGCUCAGAAGUUUGCCAAAUCUUCACAGAUCAUAGCUGAACUUAAGACAACCAUUUCCUCUCUGACAGAGGAAAGCAACCAGCAGCAGCUUGCCACAGAAAGACGACUGCAGGAUGUUUUACAAAAGUUUGAAGAUGAGAAGCAGCAGCUGAUAAGAGAUAAUGACAGAGCAAUCAAGGACUUGCAAAAUGAGAUUGAAAGCUAUGGCAGCCGGGCUCAUGCUGCAGAAAAGAAGUUGCAACAAAAAGAUCUGGAGACACAGGAACAGGUAACAUCUAUACGGCAAGAAUAUGAAACCAAACUUAAAGGACUGAUGCCAGCAUCCCUGCGGCAAGAACUUGAAGACACAAUUCUAUCACUAAAAUCGCAGGUAAAUUUUCUGCAAAAAAGAACAUCCAUCCUGCAAGAGGAACUGAGCACAUACCGUACAAGAAGCCUCGGUGCCUGGCUGGUAGUAUCAGAGCAAGAUGAGAACGUGCAGGCAGGUUGCAAGCCCGGGCCUGGCCUCAGCGUUCAUGAUGAGAGAGUGGAUCAGCGUGGAACUGCAGGUAUGUGGAGGUACCGCCACCUCUUAGAAUAAAGCAAGGUGAUGCAAUGUGUAAUGCUGCAGAUCGUAUCUUCAAAGCACCGGAUCUUCACCCACUUGAGCUUUACCUAGAUAUUUCCCUCAUUAUGAAUAUAUUUCCACAAAGGUUGCAACAGCGACAUAAGGGCACUCUGUACUCUUAAGAAAGAAUGACUCACAUGGGUGAUUAAGUAAAAGGGACCUUUCUGGUGAUGUCACAGGAUUUUCACACUUGACGGGAACCCACUGAUCCCUCACUAUUUCUGCAGGCCAACCAGAUAUGUAAAUUUUGCUUUAAUUGAAAUAUAGGAUGUUUCCAUAGUUUGAAAGUAGGACUGUAUCAGAUCUUGCAACAGGCUGUUCCACAGAUAGCUGACACAUUCAACGUAUAUUACUGGCAAUAGUGUGAGGUUAACCUGUAGAUGAGAUUCUGGCCCUGAUUUGGCUGAUAUAAUCUCAGCAUAUCGGGGCAAGUUAAGCAUAAAUCUCGUGCCUGCAGUCUGUUCCCAUGCUCCUGGUGUAUUCCCUUACUUAGUCAUAGUUUUCCAUUACAUCUGAACAAACAAUCAAAACACCGUUACCAGGCCCAUACAAACCAAGAUCUGAAAUCAUGGCCUGUUGCUUCCAUUUCUAGUUCUGGGGCCCACAGUUUACUGCUUCGGUCAUAAUUUCCUGGGUUUAACAUAGCUUAAUG